ACACCCUCCCUUCGAGGUGCUUUGGUUGCGAUUUUUUUUUCUUUUCGCCUAUUUUUUAAAAACUAUGUGCUGCUGUUAAGCAAAACAAAACAGCAGCUGCGGACUCGUGCCCGCGGAAGCCCAGCGCCCCGCCCGGAGUGGAGGAACCUCUCCAUGAGAGAUCCGGUCAUUCCUGGGACAAGCAUGGCCUACCAUCCGUUCCUACCUCACCGGGCGCCGGACUUCGCCAUGAGCGCGGUGCUGGGGCACCAGCCGCCCUUCUUCCCCGCGCUGACUCUGCCUCCCAACGGUGCCGCGGCGCUCUCGCUGCCCGGCGCUCUGGCCAAGCCGAUCAUGGAUCAGUUAGUGGGGGCUGCCGAGACCGGCAUCCCUUUCUCGUCCCUGGGGCCCCAGGCGCAUCUGCGGCCUCUGAAGACCAUGGAGCCCGAAGAAGAGGUGGAGGAUGACCCCAAGGUGCACCUCGAGGCGAAGGAACUUUGGGAUCAGUUCCACAAGCGGGGCACGGAGAUGGUCAUCACCAAGUCGGGAAGGCGAAUGUUUCCGCCAUUUAAAGUAAGAUGUUCUGGGCUGGAUAAAAAAGCCAAGUAUAUUUUGUUGAUGGACAUUAUAGCCGCCGAUGACUGUCGGUAUAAAUUUCACAAUUCUCGGUGGAUGGUGGCGGGUAAGGCUGACCCUGAAAUGCCAAAGAGAAUGUAUAUUCACCCGGACAGCCCGGCUACCGGGGAACAGUGGAUGUCCAAAGUUGUCACUUUCCACAAACUGAAACUCACCAACAACAUUUCGGACAAGCAUGGAUUUACUUUGGCCUUCCCAAGCGAUCACGCAGCGUGGCAGGGGAAUUAUAGUUUUGGUACUCAGACUAUACUCAACUCCAUGCACAAAUACCAGCCCCGAUUUCAUAUCGUGAGAGCCAAUGACAUCCUGAAACUUCCAUAUAGUACAUUUCGGACGUACUUGUUCCCCGAAACCGAGUUCAUCGCUGUGACAGCAUACCAGAAUGACAAGAUAACCCAGUUAAAAAUAGACAACAACCCUUUUGCGAAAGGAUUCCGGGACACUGGAAAUGGCCGGAGAGAGAAAAGGAAACAGCUCACCCUCCAGUCCAUGAGGGUGUACGAGGACCGGCACAAAAAGGACACGGGCACCUCGGACGAGUCCUCCAGCGAGCAGGCAGCCUUCAGCUGCUUCGCUCAGUCCUCCUCCCCGGCUGUCUCCACUGUUGGCACCUCCAACCUCAAAGAUCUGUGUCCCAGCGAGGGUGAGAGCGACGCCGAGGCCGAGAGCAAAGAGGAGCACGGUAUGUGCCCAGGAUGUGGGUAUGUAGGAGCAGCCUAUCAGUUUCUCACGGCCAUGGCCUCCGCCGCAGCGGCGCAGGGACUGUCGGGGGCGUCUGCGGCCACCCUGCCCUUCCACCUCCAGCAGCACGUCCUGGCCUCUCAGGCCGUGGACUCGGGCUCGGAACUCAACAGCCGCUCCUCCACCCUCUCCUCCAGCUCCGUGUCCUUGUCGCCCAAACUCUGCCCCGAGAAAGAGGCGGCCACCAGCGAACUGCAGAGCAUCCAGCGGCUGGUCAGCGGCCUGGAGGCCAAGCCCGACAGGUCCCGCAGCGCGUCCCCCUAGGCCCCUCCCCAGCAAGGACUCUUCAUUCCAGUCCCGUCCCGUCUGCAGUGCACUUUGUGGGAUGUAAACAGAACCCCGGCGCGAGCGAGCGCGCGGUGGGGUUGGCCCCGGCUUUGUGCGGUCCUGCCUGGGAAGGGGAACCGGGCUCCCCGAAAGAAUGUGCUAGAAACAAGCCCUGUCUCCUUGCCGAGGUUUAUAUAUCCGGGACCUGGUGCCGGUCCUGGGGGCUGAGAACCGUCUGUUGCACGGAGCCGGUGGGGGUGGGAGUUAAAACUGGUUUGUGCAGAGCACCUCCCGGAGGCUGGUCUGGGGGCCUGGGCCCGAAAGGUAGCCAGGCCCGCGGGGUGGGGGGCGCGGGAGGGUGUUGAAAAGUUUCUCUCCCAGUGCAGAUUUUAUAUAUUUUUUUCCUUCACCGUGUCCAGUGGAAACAAAAACAAGUAAAAUUUAAAAAAAAAAUAUAUAUAUAUAUACCGGGGCAAAUGAGUACAUUAACAUGAUUUCUGUUUGUGAAAGAUGAAAACUUUUUAGUGACUUGCCUAUCCGUUCUCAAUAAAUGGCUAAGCAGCGUUGUUUCGGGGUGGGGGUGGGGAGCCCCAGCCCGCCGUGUUUAGUCUCUUAAGAUAAUCUGUGUCUUUUUUCAUAUUGUGAUGUUUUAAGAGCCACUGUAGGCCUCUCCUUGCAUGUCCCACAGCCAUGUACUUGUGGUUUUUCCUUUUGAAUGCUUGCUUUUAGAGGGGGAAGAACAUGGUCCCACACCCCCUCCCCAGCUCUCGUUGGCGGCGGAUUGAAAGGGAAGGGGGUGGGAAGACACACGAAAACAUGAGUUUAUUUUCUCUAAGCUCCAUAGCAGGAUUCCUGCCUGCCUGUCUCUCUCUCUCUGGCGGCUCUUUCUCUUUCCUGUAUAUGCAAUAACAAGGUUUAAAAAAAAAUAAUAAAGAAGAAGCGAGACUAUUAGCAAAGUAUUUAUGUAAUUAUUUGAUAACUCUUGUAAAUAGAUGGAAUAUGAAUGCUCGGAAAAUUAAACUUUAAUUUAUUGACAUUGUACAUAGCUCUGUAAAUAGGAUCCGCAGCUGUCCAGUUUUGUGUGGAUUCCCUGCAGGCAGUUUUAUUUCAAGGUCACAGGAUCGCUUUUGAAACUAGGAAACACUUUCUGCACCAACACCAACCACUUUCUAAACGGUUGUGUGCAAAAAAAAAAAAAAAAAAAAAAACAAAACAAAAAACUUAAUGUCCAAGAAUGAGGGAAAGUGUUAUUGCCUGUUUUACCCAGAAUUGGGGAGGUGGUGGUGCCACUUCCCAGUUCCACCUUAAAUUCCUUAAAAUGUAACACCCCACCUUGUGGUUCUGAGGUUGCUUGGGGGGGGAGGGGGGCCUCGGGGUGGGGGUUGCCGAGGCUGCGGCUUCUUGACUUCCUAAUUUUUCUCUUGUAUUUGUAUUUGCUAGUCUCUGAUAUCGUCCAAACGCAGUGGAAUUGACUACUGUCUUCACUAUUGUUUUGCAUUGGUGCCUUUAGAGAGAUCUAUUCACAGUUCAAAAGUCAGGUGCUGAGAUGGUUUAAAAGACAAAAGCUCAUGAAGGUAUAUUUUGUGUUAUAAUCGAUGAGUUCUUUGGUUUUCUGUAUCAUCCCUCCCCCUUGAAAACGUCAUUGAAAUUUCAAUAAAUUUUUAUUGAAAUGUC